GUGAAUACAGGGUUCCUUCCGAGGGUGCUGGCCGCAUCCUAGUGGUUGCAGCCCGUCCGGUCAUGUGACGUGACUGUUGGGGGGACGGCCACAAUAGCAGCCGGAGAUUAUCGGCGUUAGUCCAUGGCUACUCGUAUCGCUUCGGAACGGCGCUUAGCUGGAGCGAGGCAUGGAAGGGGCGAGGCUGUGGUUUGUGGUGGCAGCCGUGCUGAGAAUGGGGUCGAGGACUACGGGUUUAACAUGUCUGGAACACCCACAAAAUGUUGCCAUCAGCGUUAUUAAUUCAAAUAUUACACUGAAAUGGGAUUGGGAUAAUCCAUGUGGUCUCAAUGUAACAUUUUCAGUACAAUACCACAGAGAGUCUGAAAUCUGGGCAGCUAUUCCUCAGUGUCGGAAUAUAAUCGUCACAGAAUGUGAUCUCUCGUCAACAAUUCAAGAUUAUUUAGUACCAUAUAAUGUGUCUAUAAGAGUGAACACUCUGAAAAAUCACUCUCUCUAUGCCUUUUUAGAAUUUAUUGCUGAUACAGAAGCUCAAGUGGGUCCUCCAGGAGUUUGGUUUGAAUCAAUAUAUGGAGAUGUAAAAAUCAAUAUUUUACAUCCUGAGGCAGAUAAAAAAAAAAUGUGGAAACUAGAAAUAUUAAAAUAUCAGCUAACUAUCUGGAAAAAUGGAACCCAUUAUCAGGAAAAAACACAAUAUAUUUUUCCAGGUGAAAUCAUAGAUGAUCUUGAACCAGAAACUACUUAUUGUUUGAAAGUUAAAGCACUUGUGAAUCAGCACAUUUCUAUUUACAGUCCCACGCACUGUAUACAGACUUCUAAAGUUUGGAUUGGUCUACCUCGUCCUGAAAAUUUUCAGAUUCAUAGUUUGAAUAUGAACCAUUUCUUAUCUUGGGAUAAUCUGUAUGAUGGAAAUGUGAGCUUCAUAGUACAGCUGGUUCCUGGAUACAUAGCCCAUCAUUCUCCUGAUAUUUCAAAGGACUGGGAAAAUGUAUCUGAAUGUGAAAAUAUCCAAAGUACAUUUUGUGAUCUUUCAUCUUCCAUUGGCUCCAGUGGAAUUUACUAUCUCCGUGUGCAGGCAGCAGAUAGUCGUAACAAGUCACCUUGGUCUAAAACCUUAAAAUUUGAACCUAGAGAACAAAAUAAAAUGGGCCCACCAACUGUCUCAGUCAAUGCCACUGAGGAUUCAAUAAAUGUCUUCAUCGCUUCUCCUGGAGAGUCUGAAAACAAACCAAUGAGUGAUCCGUAUAAAUUGACUUACAACGUUUGGUACUGGACUUCAUCUAUCAAGAAAGAACUCAGACAUAAACCAUCACAGUUUAUAAUCUCAGAUCUGAGCUCCUCAACAUUAUAUUGCUUAAAAGUGCAAGCAUUUGCUAAAAUAUUUAGUAAAACUAGUGCUUUUAGCAAUGUAACUUGCAUUAAAACAGCCAAAGGAAAAUCUUCAGAUCCCAUCCUCCCAAUUUCUCUUGCCAUGACUUUUAUAAUACUUUUCAUCGGUGCUAUGUAUUAUGCUUGGAGAAAAAUAAAAUAUGCAUUCUUCCCUAAAUGUAAACCUCCAAUGAACAUAGAGGGCAUUGGAGAAAGAGAUUUGAACAGAUUUUAUUUGCCAAUUGCAGAAGAGCAAACAGACAAAUGUAUGGUCAUAAAUUCCAAUAUUGCUCCUCCAAGUAAAGUUAGCCUGGAUGAGUUCAAAUUUGACAAAGAGUUGGAACAGAUCAGUCAAGACUCAGGAAACUAUUUUAUUGAUGACCUUAUCAUGUCUGGAGAUAACGAAUCCCAUCAAUCCUCAGAACUAAAAGCAGUAUAACAAGAUAAUAUAAGCAGGAAACAAGAUGAGGAAAGCAGCAUAAUGUGGAAAGCUUGCUUAUUAUAGAAAUAAUCUGUAUCACUACAGAGAACAAAGAUCUGGGCCCAAAAGUGGGCCACAAGCUGCCUCCACUGACACUGAUUUUGAGCUUCGUGGACUGCUGCUGGAAGAACUACUUACCACAAGUGAAGGAGCAAAUUUAUUUUUUCUUCUUAAAAUGUUAUAGGAAAAAAAAUUACUGGUAUGACUGGUGCUGAAUUCACAUUCCUCUGUUUGUGUAUACAUACAAAAAACACAUUUCAUACUUACAGUAUUAACUGCAUUGGAUUCUAAGGCAGGGGUCUCCAAUCCCCGGUCCAUGGACCAGUACCGGACUGUGGAAUGCCAGCAACCGGUCCGCAUAAACAAGCAAAGCCCCAUCCUUGGGAUGCAGGCAGCACACAAAACCAUGCAACCUCCGGUUCGAGGAAAAACCUCUCUCCACAGAACCAGUCCCUGGUGCCCAAAAGGUUGGGGACCUCUGUUCUAAGGAACUAAUAAUAGACUGAGCCAGUCUAUAUGAGUUUUCAGAAGUAUUUGGAAGGAAGGAAGGAAGGAAGGAAGGAAGGAAGGAAGGAAGGAAGGAAGGAAGGAAGGGUAUCUGUGUGUACCAAAUAAAUAUAUGUAGUUGUUAUGCUUUCCUUGUGACGUAUGAUCACAAUACUGAUACUUUCUUUGUUCAUCAUUCAUUAUUAAUGCAUUCUUAAGCAAGAUGUUAGCUUUCCUACCGGACUCUUGAAGAAAAAGGAAGACACAAAGGCACCUUGGUUCAAUCAGCUCCGGUUUACUUUGAGAUAAAGCAAUGACUCAACACAGACCUCUAGAUAGCAGGCUCUGUGCUAUACAAAGUUUGCGCUGGGAGCAAUCGCCUCCCAGCACUGCUUAAAUAUACUUGUGCUGAUGCUACCCCACCCUCCACCUAAUUAGUUAUUAGCCACACCCCUGCCACACCCUUGCCCAACAAACCACAACCCCACCCAGCCAUCAUCUCCCAACCCCACCCUCUUGUCUCCCAACCAGCACCCGGCAGCAAUCAGGGAAAGCAGCUACUACAUCUGUGGCUUUUCUGGGACGCCCUGCCCCAGCCAUGCAUUCUUUGGGCUACUGCCCAUCAGCUGUUCACCGGCUUGCUGCUUGUCAGCUGUUUGGCGACUCAAACAGUCUACGUAGGUGCGGCAGCCUAUCUGCGCAUGCGCAGCAUCUCAUGCUUUCUGGAACCGCCCAUCAGGUGUUUCAGCAGCCAGAACACCCACCGGAGAAUCCGCGGUUUGUGCUUUCUUUCCAGGACGAAGAUCAUCUACCAGCAGAGAUUUCAAACAACUGUCAACUUGGCCAACCCAGGCUGUUCCAGCAAGUUCAGCCCAAGAGCUGAAUGGAAGACGCUGAAAGAACUCUUUAAGAACUCCAGAAUUUCAUCCUGUGACCAAAGGCAGCUCUUAUCACUAUUGGUGACAAAAUGGCAGCCCACAAUUAGAAAAACUGUACAAAUUAGACCUACGGACAGAACUUUUGCUAGCUAUAAAGAACAUCAGGGCAAGACUAAAGUUUGCUCAUAAACACCUUGGGCUUCUGGAGCAUAGUGCUGUUGAUGGUAGAUAGUUAUUAAGUCACAAUACCAGAAGACGUGUUUUGAGAAAAUCAAAGACAGCAUUUCACCAAAAGAAACCGAUGCCAACUGUAAAGCAUGGUGCAAAAAUGUUAUGGUUUGGAACUGCUUUGCUGUGUCAGAGUCUGGGCAGCUCACCAUCAUAGAAUCUAUAAUGAAUUCUUCAACAUACCAAGGAUGCUUGAGGAUAAUGUGAGGCGAUUGAAACUCAACUGAAAGUGGACUUUGCAACAUGACAAUGACUCUAAACAUUUUAGCAAAUCUACCAAUGAAUGGCUGAAAAA